AUGGGUGCCGACUGCCGGAGAAUGCAGCUGCGCUCCGCGUGGGAGCCGCCGCCCCAGGUGCGCUGGUGGAGCGCCGAUCGCCAGCGGUCCGCGCCGAGUCCGGAGGCGGCGCUGCUGGCGCUGCUGGCCGAGCCCAACAUCACCUCCAAGGAGAGCCUGGUCCGGCAAUACGAUCACGAGGUGCGUGCGGGAUCGGUGGUCAAGCCGUUCUGCGGGGUCGCGGCCGACGGGCCGACGGACGGCGCCGUGGUCCGCCCGCGCUACGACAGCUACCGCGGGGUGACCGUCACGCACGGCAUCUGCCCGUGGCUGUCGCCGGUGGACCCG